CAAGGAGAUGUUCCCAGGGCUGUGGAAACCACAACAGACAGAAGCACUUGAGUUCCUGCCAUGUCCUAAAGACACAGCACAGACUGAAUCCUGAGGUUCUGUCUCAAUCCUUUAUCAUCUCCACCCGAGAUUCCUUCAACAGGCGCUACUUCACUCCUUCAAAUGCUGAUUUUUAAACCCUCUUCCUUUUCUGGAUGUAACAUUUGUGAGUCCUAAGCAUGUGACGCUGCAUCGACCUCAGGUACUCAUGGGCAGACUGGGAUCUUUUAGCUGCCUCCAGGAUCAUGCUGUGAUGUCCUGCAGCCCUGCAGGUGCUGCAGACCCAGUUCAGAGGCAGAGCCCUCAAACACAGUGUUUCCACACCCGCCCUGCUGUGCCACGUGGUGACACAGACUCGGUGACCUCCACUACACCCUCUCAUGAGCUGUACACAGCACAGACAGGAGUUUUCUAUUGUGCAAGUGUCUGCUCCGUCUGGAUUAUUCCACUUCCUCCAGGUAGUCCAAAGAUGACUGCAAUAAAAACCAGCUUCCCUCGUGUUCCCAGGGAGCUGAGUUACCCAAAUCCUCCUCAGCUCCCCACCACACUUCUGCUGCCACAGUGACAGCACCUCAAGGAUUUCCCCAGCCACCUUUAUUCUUCACUCAGCACCUCCACUCCCUCUCACAGCAACCAUUAAUCCAGCCCAGGGAAGCAGCUCCAUCUGUGCUGGCACUGCCACAGCCAGCAAGUGCCAGUGAAGACAAAGCCUCCAGAGCUUCAUUAGCCCCAAAUUAAGAUGCUCCCAGCUGUGGCUGAGAUGGAUCUCAGUACACACUUGCUCCUGCCCCAGUGUUUCAGUGGAGCUGGUGAGUGUGGAUGCUGCAGGAAGUCUGCAGCACGGAUGACUCAUUUGUUAAAUCAAUAGUGAACCAUUGCCCCAGUUUUACUUCACAGUGACGAGUUUCCGGCAGUGGGUGACUUUCAGUAAACCCAAGAUGUUUACUUUUAGUGGCUCCAAGAGUCCCAUGACACACUUGAAACUCAUUACACGUUUCCACCUAAGCCAAACAUUAACCAGAUUGUUAAUCUAAGUCUCCUCAUGAGGAAAACAGUGCAUGUUGUCUUUAAAAUCUGCAUGAAAGCACUGGUAUACAGUAAUGUUUAGAAUAUCCUUUAUUCUGCCUGGCAGAGGACCUGUGUUCAUUAAAUAAAGCUCAGGAUAUUCACAGCAGUGAGCUACAGGAACUGAGCAGACAUUUGAACCUCUGCAGGGUAAAUAGAGAAGAGGCUCAAGAACCCAAACAAUGUGCUACAACUACACACUUUAAUCACUUAAAUCUCCUUAUAAGUAUAUUGAUAUAAGCUUUAGGCAUUAAUUAAUUUGAUUCCACCAGCACCUGAGUUACACCUGAGGGAACACGAGUUCCCUCCUCUCCACUGCUGGAGCUCGUGAGUGUGAGAUCACAUCCAGCACUGCACUGUGCAUUGGUGUGUGGGGCGUGCACAGCACCCAGCAAACUGCACUAGGAGUGCACUAGUCCAGCUGACAGAGCAGUUAGCCAAACCCUGAGCCUGGGGGGUUUGAAGGGCUUGUGCUGAAGCAGCUUUGUCACAGCUGACAGCUUUUCCCACUCUGGAAAGCAAACACAUCCAGGCAGGACUCCUGAGACACACCCUGUUUUCUGCCUCAACAGCUCCCCGUUGGAACCCACACCGGCUCUGAGUCACAGAGCCCUGCAGAAACCUUCAGCCCAUGUAAAUCAGUGUGCCUGGUUCAGGUCCUGUCAGCCGGGAAAACAGUUUUACCUGAAUGCUCCUCCCUCCACAAGAGCAGCAGAGGUGUUUGUGCUGCAGGCCAGGGCACAGGAGAGUCCCUCGGACAAGCCCUGCUUGCUCUCAGGAGCUGUGCUAGACGCAGCAGUAAAUCUGAGGGCUUUUUCAGAGCAUUUUCUCCAGGAGUGCAGUAGAGAGUCACUCACCGUGGCUCUCUGAGUCACACUUCGUUAAGGUGAGCAGUGCCUGACCUUCAGCCCCAUCUGCACCACCCAGUUUUCAAAUUCACCGCCAGCAAACACAGCAGUCAGAGGAAGAGGAGCAAAUCCCAUCAUCCCACAGAGCACAGACACCCUUCCAGCAGAGGCUGGUGUCUGAGUGUCCCACAACGUCCUAGCACAGCCCCAGGCUCUUCACUCUGCUCUGGAGACAGAAACUGCUGAGCAGUGCCAGGCUCACAGUCCCUUUCCCCAGCACCUGCACGGCAUUGCUUCCACCCUGGGCAUGGGGGUGGUCCCAAAGCAGGGUUAUUUCAGCAAAAAACCUUUACAUUACAGGAAUCAGCUCUGAUAGUCUUCCUUUAGUCUGGCCGGACAAUUUUUGCUAUAAAUCAGAGACAAAAGCUUCUAAAUCUGCUGCCAUAAUAAUAUUUCUUUCCUAUAACACGUACUCCUGUGACACAACAGUUCUCCCUGCAGACAGAGGAAACGUGGGUCCAUGUUCCACAGGAUGCUGUGCCAGGGCAGGGAAUAAUUUGGGGCUGGGUGUUGCUGUGGAACUGAGGACCAGCAUUAAGAAUCUUUGUUUCUCACCUGCUCUUUACAAUCUUGUACCUCCUCCUGCAAAUGUCUCAGUUCGGAACGGGAAUGGAAGAAUUGUUUUGUGAGACAGCUGACAACGCAUCAUCUCCUGUUCUUACACCACAACCCCUGACGCCUCUCAUCGUUAUUGCUGUUUCCAGACCCCCUCCCAGCCCGGGAGGGUCGGGCAGGUCCCUGCAGAGCCAGGGAACCCCCUUGUCCCGGCCGGGGGCCAGGAGGAAGCGCUGAGUUCCCAGUUCUGCCUCCUUCCCAAGCUUUCCCCGGCCGCUGUCCGGGUUUCCCUGGAGAGGGCAGCCGAGCACCGCUGAGCUCCGGCGGCUGCUGCGCCACCCCCGAGCCGCGCACGGUGCCCAAGGGGAAGGAGGCAAAGCGGCGUUUGGAGAGGACAGGGUGAUGGACAGGAUUGGCUCGUGAUGCCACCGAAUGAGGGAACUGGGAUGCCAGCAGGAGGGAAAGUGGAGUUCCCAGCUGGAGAACCCAGUUGCUGGUGCUGGGGUAGGGCUGUGGGGUGGCUCUGUGUGUCAGAGCGGGGUAAGGAGCAUCCAAAGGCUGAGGAUCAUGUCUUUGCUUCACCUCCAAGGCUCCCCACUGCACCCUGUAUGGUCUACAUCCAACUGCAACGUGACCAGUUCCUUUGGGAUUUGGGGCCAGCUUGCCUGUCCCCACUGACCGGUGAUACUGUCCCUGGUGUCACCCGGCAGGGAAAGCUGUCCCUGCUUUCCAGCACAACCCAGCCCCCCGCAGCCGUGCCCAGCCCAGGGGGAAGUGGUUACUGGAGGACCACAGCCUCUGCAGCCCCGAGUCCUUCCUGACCACAGGGAAUGUGUAGCUGAAGACUUUAAGGCAUUUUCCUUCCACCUGAAGAGAGAAAAUCACCUCAUUCUUCUGGCAUGAGCUGACUGUGUACAGAGAAAUUCGGGGGUACAGGUGAGGUUUGUGCUGCUCGUGGAGCUGCAGGCACAGACAGCAGAUCUCUGAGCUUGCCCUUAGACCUGCACACAACCAGGUACAUCCACAUCUUUCCACAUCUGCCUCCUAGCUUCUUUCCUCCCCAUACUUUCCCAUGUUCCCAGAGAAAUCAGGAGGAGAACCUGAAUGUCUCUUACCUCCAACUCUGCCAUUACAUGGAGAAAUGAGAGAGACUGGGAGGAUUAUUUCAGCGAGCCAGAGGUUUUGGGUGGUUGUAGAUGUGGCACGAGCAGGCAGCAGAACACAACACCCAGAGGAGAAGGGAGGAAGGAAAGAAAACCUGACACACAUUCUCCAAAAGAAUGUGACAGAGAGCAAGGAAGCAGAGCAAGGAUUCACACUGAUGGAUUUCCAACCCAGGGGAAUAAACCAGAAUGGUUCAACAAACCCAGACGAAACCAGAAGUGCCGUGAGAGGAGAGGGAAGCAGGCACUGUGCACAGCUGCACCAGCUGCCCCGGGAGCCGGAGCAAUGGGAAGCCCCGGAGCAUCUGUGGGGAGAGCAUUUGAAGAAAUGGAGAAGGAAGCAGAAGGCCCUCUGUGAGCUCCCAGCUCCAGGUAACCAGCAUGGAUACUUGCAGGAUACCUGCAAACGCCUCCAAGUGCAGUGGGACCACCAUGCAGUGCUUCAUGGUGCUCAGUACGCAGGCACAGAAGAUAAGCAUUGGCAUCCUGUGUGGCCUCUUUGGGACAAUGUGUGUUUUUGAGAACUCCCUGGUGCUCUACCUGAUUUUCUCAUCCCCUGGGACCAGGAAGAAACCUUCCUACCUCUUCAUCGGCAGCCUGGCCCUGGCUGACAUUCUGGCCAGCAUCAUCUUUGUCUGCAGCUUCGUGAACUUCCACGUGUUCAACGAGGCUGGUUUCUCCAAGGAGGUGUUCCUGCUGCAGCUGGGAGGGGUGAACACGUCCUUCUCGGCCUCCCUCAGCAGCCUGCUGCUCACAGCCCUGGACCGCUACAUCUCCAUCAGCCGGCCCUCGGAGUACAAGCUCCUGAUGACCAGGAGAAGAGCCUGGACAGCCCUGGCAGCGCUCUGGGUGACCUGUGCCACCAUUGCCUGCCUGCCCCUGCUGGGCUGGAACUGCUGCGUGCUGGAUUCCACCUGCUCCGAGCUGUUCCCCUUUGUGGAUGACAAUUACCUGUCAGGCUGGAUCUGCUUCGUCGUGGUCCUGCUGGGCUGCAUCGUCUGCGCCUACGCCCACGUGCUCUGGAGGGCUCGCCAGCACGUGGCCUACAUGGAGAAGCAUCAGGCACAGGCAGGGAAGCAAAACACCCGGAUGAGGAUGGACGUGAUGCUGGCCAAGACCCUGGUCAUGGUGCUGGCUGUCCUCAUGCUCUGCUGGUCCCCCGUGCUCGUGCUGAUGAUCUACAGCAUCUUCGGCAGGCUGAGCGAUCACCUGCGCAAGGUGUUCGCCUUCUGCAGCACCCUCUGCCUGCUCAACUCCAUGGUGAACCCCAUCAUUUACGCCCUGAGGAGCAAGGAGCUGUUCUCCUCCCUGAGGAGGGUGUUCUCCCACUUCAGGAGGCAGCUGAAGGCCGCUGAGGAGAGCCCAGAAGCAGAGAGCACCCACAAGUCCUCCGUGAUAGAGACCAUCUGCAAGGACACGUGCACCAUACGCGAGGCGGCCAUGGCGGCGCUGGCGCUGCUCAGCGCGGCGGCCGCGCUGGGCCCGGGCCUGGCCUCGCCCCGCUACCGCCCGGACUGGGCCAGCCUGGACGCGCGGCCGCUGCCCGCCUGGUUCGACCGGGCCAAGGUGGGGGUGUUCGUGCACUGGGGGGUGUUCUCCGUGCCGGCCUGGGGCUCCGAGUGGUUCUGGUGGCACUGGCAGGGCCAGCACGAUGCCGCCUACGAGCGCUUCGUGCGCCGCCGCUUCCCGCCCGGCACCACCUACGCCGAGUUCGCGCCCCGUUUCACCGCGCACGACUUCCAGCCCCGAGAGUGGGCACGGCUCUUCCAGCGGGCCGGGGCCAGAUACGUGGUCCUGACCACCAAGCACCACGAGGGCUUCACCAACUGGGGGUCACCAGUGUCCUGGAACUGGAAUUCUGUGGAUACAGGGCCCCACCGGGACCUGGUGGGAGAGCUGGGAGAAGCCCUCAGGGAGAGCAACCUCCGUUAUGGGCUGUACCACUCGCUGAUGGAGUGGUUUAACCCUCUCUACCUCGCUGACAAACAAAAUGACUUCAAGACCCAGAGCUUCGUUUUAAAGAAGACGAUGCCAGAACUUUAUGACCUUGUGUUAAAAUACAAACCAGACCUGAUCUGGUCGGAUGGGGACUGGGAAGCUCCGGAUUCCUACUGGAAUUCCACCUCUUUCCUUGCCUGGCUCUAUAAUGACAGCCCCGUCAAGGACACCGUAGUUGUCAACGAUCGCUGGGGCCGGGGCUGCUCCUGCCGCCACGGGGGUUUCUACAACUGUGCUGACAAGUACAGGCCAGGCACCCUGCCAGAGCACAAGUGGGAGAUGUGCUCCUCCCUGGACAGGCUCUCCUGGGGCUACCGCAGCAACAUGAGCCUGCCUGAGGUGAUGGAUGAAAUGAGCAUGAUUGAGGAGCUGGUGCAGACUGUGAGUUUGGGUGGCAACUACCUCCUCAAUGUGGGACCUACAAAAGAAGGGGUGAUUGUCCCCAUCUUCCAAGAAAGACUCCUGGCCCUUGGCAGGUGGCUGGACACCAAUGGGGAGGCGAUUUAUGAAUCCCAGCCUUGGAGGGUGCAGAUGGAGAACACCACAGACACAGUCUGGUACACCUCCAAGGGACCAGUGGUCUUUGCCAUCUUCCUGCUCUGGCCUCGGGACAGUGUCCUGCAUCUGUCCUCGCCCAUUCCAUCCCCAGGCACGCAGGUGACAUUGCUGGGCUUUGCUGGCACGCUGGAGUGGCAGAAGCAGCCAGGGAAAGGGAUGCUGAUAACCCUGCCCUACAUGCUCCCAUCUCCUGUCCCUCCUCAGUCUGGCUGGGUGGUGAAGCUCGAGGGUGUGAAGUGAUGCCUGUGGGGGUACACAGCAUCUCCCACUGCCUCUCUUUUUGAUUGAGCCCCAGAGGAUUUUUAUGUUUCACGUUGAAUACAUUAUUUUUCACUUGA